GAGGUAAUGAUGGCGGCGGGGCGGGCCCGGAGCAGCGCCGGGACCACGGCUAAUGGGGGGAGGCUGAGAGUGCUGUGGGAGCUCGGGGAGAGCCUCCUGGGGACCGGGAAACUUGCUCUCUGUUGCUCUUCAACACUUGGAGGUUGAUCUGUUUUCUUCCCCAUUUGCAAUGAAGGAUCAGAACCCACGUGACAAACGAGUGGAAUUCUCCUGUCUCAACUGAAAGUCUGAGAAGAUGCAACGAGGACGGAGUUCUAAGCACUCCAAGCGAUCUCUGCAAGCUCAACACAGCCAACAGACUGAUCUCUCUGCGUGGCGAAAAGGAGGGACAGUUGAUACUGAGGAAAGUGCCCAGAAUCGUCAAUCUCGGAGUGAUCAGAAAAAUGACCAUGAGCAAGAGUCCCUUGAGGAAGCUCUGAGCUACUUUGGGGAAAUUCAAGAUCGAGUUUCACUGAAAAAGAGUGAAGUUUUGAAGAAACAUUUGUCUACUAUAGAAAGCAUUGCCCUGAAAAGAGGUUUACCCCCUGAAGGAUUUGAAGUACUGCUAGAUGUGGCACUCAGUGGCAAACUUGCUGAUACAGUGAAUAUUCGUUUACUGAAGAGCCUAAUCCCAACCUCAGUGAUACCAGAAAGUUCUGUUGUUUCCUCUGUAUCUAUGUUCUGUGUCAGCAAAUGCUCGAGCAAUGUCCAGCUGCUUUUUCUGAGAUGGCUGAUCACGAUGUUUGACUUCAUUGAUCAGAAGGAACAAGUUCAUGCCCUCUAUGGCGUCUUCUUUUUCAUCCUGAAUGAUGAGAAGUUGUGUCCCUACAUCUGCCAUAUACUCUGCCUGCUGACCAGGAAAGAAAAUGUCAAGCCUUUUCGGGUCAGGCGACUCCUUGAUCUCCAGUCAAAAACGGGUAUGCUGCCUCAUCUACAGGCCCUGCUAUCGCUUUAUAAGCUUUUCUGUCCUGAGCUGGUAUCCAUAACCCUUCCUCAGAAGAUGAAGACUUACUUCAAGAAUGCAGACAGCCCUUGGAAAGCAGCAGUGACUGCUGUAAGGCAGAGAAACCAGGCCAAUUCUACUGUACCCCAACCACUGGUUCUAGGCACAGCUCAACCUUGCUCACGGAAAAGAAAAUGGAAUUCCCAGUUGACUGUACCUGCAACCAGUGCCAACGCACAGAAUGUAGCAGUGGGUAGGAAAAUGAGACAUGCUGAUUCAUAUAGUGCUAAUGAAUCUUUUCCAGUGGAGCAGCUGCGGACCUUUCCCCAACUCCUACAAAACAUCCACUGCCUGGAGUUUCCUUCCCAGAUGGGCUCAGUGCUAACAAACCCGUUAUUGCUUCACUACAUGAACUGCAGCAAAGAUGAAUCUGCUUCUCUGAGGCUCUACUAUUGGAUGGGACAGAUUCUUCAGGAAGAGUGCACCUGGUGUGUAGUUGAUAAUAGCCAAUAUGAAGAAGAAUUCAGAGGCUUCCUGGAGACUGCUUACAGGGCAGAGUGUUUCUUGCAGGAGGGAUUUCCUUCCUGUGAGGAGUUCCUGUACAGGAGUCUUCCUCUCUGGGAUGGUGUAUCCUGCCAAUCAGAAGUCCUCCAACUUAUGAGCUGGAUCCCCCUCCGUACCUUCUCUGAGAUGAAGUCACAACUCUGCAGUCCCCUGGCACAGCUCUUCUUCACAUCAUCCCUUUACUUUAAGUGCAGCGUUCUGGAGAGUCUGAAAGAGCUGUUACAGAACUGGUUAAACUGGCAUUUGGUUCAUCUGGAUUCAGAGUCUGAUUCUCAAUUCGGUUCUUUGAAUACCACCCUUUCUGGACUGGUGAAUGGAGUGGCUGAACUGAUCCACUUUGUGGGACGAAUUUCUACUGCUGCGUUGCACUUGGAGAAGAGUCAUACCUUCUUGCUGUGCUUCAUCCUGGAUUUCUAUGAGACCGUGUGUGACAUAUAUCUGAAGUACAAGCUGCCGUUGCUAAUAUUGCCUCCUGCUGGAGUUUUCUACCCAGCAUUGCUCAGCAUGGAUUCUGUCAACUUAAAUCAGCUCUGCUACAUCAUGUACAGGUAUAGAACCAACUUGGUAGCCGCAAAAGAGAAUGAGAUAAGUAAAAAGAAAAUACAGCAAUUCAAGAUCAGUAGCCAGACAUAUCAAGAGUAUAACCAGUACAUAAUAGCCAUGGUGGGUUGUCUGUGGACAUCCACUGCAUUCCAGAAGGAUAAUCAUCCUCAGGGCAUUCGUAUGGAUGAUGAAUUGCUGAAGAAAACUGGAGUGAAGGAGUACAAAAACAGCUUCAAUAUUGUCUACCACCCAGCUCUGACGUGCUAUGCUGUUGACUUCCUGAAGCAGGUCUGGCCAGAUGAUACCACUUUAAACUUCAGUCUAAUUAAGGGAAAGAAGUGGAACUGGUAUCUGAGAUAUCUGUAUGGGCAAGGUUUAGAAGGCCUGAAACUCUUCAUUGAAAGCAGCGUCAAUCGUGUUUCCAAGACCUCUCAAAGUAAACCAGAGGCUGAGGAAGUGUGACUCAAAGACUUGUUGGAGCCUUUCUGUCAUCUGGAACAGGGAAACAGAACGUUAACGGACUGUGUCAGUAAUUCUUCCUUCCUCAGAGGAAAGAAACAGAGCAAUUAUGCUUGCCUGCAUUUUCGUGCUGGCAUCUGUGUUAGGAAAGCAGAAAUAGAGACGGAACGUUUAGGUGGUUUUAGUUCACCAGCACUGAACCCCCUUAUUUCCUGUUGAACUUUUUUAGCUUGAGGCUGCUGAGCUGAUGUGAUAUGUAACAUCCCUGAUUUUUUCCUUAUUUUUCUUUGCUGGAGUAUCUGGGGGGGGGGGGAAGAAAAACAUUUUCCAUCUCAAAGCUGUAGUGAGAAGUGCUGCCUUAUAAAUAAGAUGUGCUGAUGUGACCCUCCUCUUUCUUCCCUGGCAACUUAUACAGUAUCCUGAAUGACUGAUUUUUGUGCCAGACUGGAGGACUCCAUGUUUCCUAGUUCACUGUUGUGCCACAUACAUGCUGACUCAUAACAGGAUGGCCAAAUGGACCCUCUUGAACUUAACUUAUGUUACGAGUCUUCCAGAAGAGUCUUUGUGAUACCUUUGCUUAUAAUGUUCUUGUAAUGCAGUUGAACUUUGUGUAUCACUGGUUUGCUGGUGGCCUUCAACAGCUUAACAGCAUUGCCACUGGCUUACUGUUUCCUAUUGAUAAGCUUUCCUUUUUGUGUUCUUAGUGCUAUAAUGUUGUAUAUUAAAUGUGUACAUAU